ACACAAGACUGCACAUGCACAUUUCAGAUUCUAUGAAGCGAUAUAAAAAAAGUACUCAUUCUCAUUUUUCGAGAACUUUGUCCAAUGCCGACCGCAAGAUGAGAGCCUGUUUCUAAAUGAUUUCGGAGGUGUUGCGCGCAAACAGGCUUGUCGGAGUUUUUAGGCAGGAGAAGGGGUGGAGAACGAGUGUGGGGGCUGCUCGUUGACUUUCAGAGCUUGAGGCGACUAUUUGAUAACCGAAGUGGCCAAGAAUAUACGCAGCCGCCUUGGUCUCGGUGUUAUCGACAGUAUUAGAUCUACCUGCAAAUUAACUCCCUCGAGUCCAGCUUUCCCAUCCGGAUAUCGAAGAGGAUAUCGAAGGACCAAAUCCUACCUGUUUGCCAAGACCUCCAAGGCUCUACCGAGAUAAUUCCUCUUUCGAUGCCUCGUAGCCAGCUAUUACACUUCUCAAGACGUAGAUGGUUCUGAAUCCUGUUUCCAGCUAUCUGCAGAAAGAUACUCAAGACCCAAUGAAAUAAAAAUGCAAAACUCUACAUACUCCAAUGGUUCUGAAGGGAAUGCCACAGACUCCCUGGUUCCGGAGAGUCCAUAUAAGACGGUGGAGGUGGUAUUUAUUGUCCUGGUGGCCGGAUCUCUCAGCCUGGUCACCGUGAUUGGCAACAUCUUGGUCAUGCUCUCCAUUAAAGUCAACAGGAGUCUACAGACCGUCAACAAUUACUUCCUUUUCAGCCUGGCCUGUGCAGACCUGAUCAUCGGGCUAUGCUCUAUGAAUCUGUACACAGUCUACAUUGUGAUUGGCUACUGGCCCCUGGGGCCGGUGGUCUGUGACCUGUGGCUAGCUUUGGACUACGUCGUAAGCAACGCCUCAGUCAUGAACCUGCUCAUUAUCAGUUUUGACAGAUACUUCUGCGUCACCAAGCCGCUCAGCUACCCGGUGAAAAGGACCACCAAGAUGGCAGGAAUGAUGAUUGCAGCAGCCUGGGUCUUGUCUUUCAUCCUGUGGGCUCCAGCCAUCCUUUUCUGGCAGUUCAUCGUUGGUGGUCGGACUGUGCCUGAGCGGGAGUGCUACAUCCAGUUCUUCUCCAAUGCCGCUGUGACCUUUGGCACAGCCAUUACCGCAUUCUACCUACCGGUCAUCACCAUGACGAUCCUGUACUGGCAGAUCUCCAGGGCCAGCAAGAGCCGUGUGAAGAAAGACAAUCAUAAGCCUGCAGGUGCCAACCAGGAAGAGUACCCCAGUCAGGUGCAGAGUCAUGCCAGUAAGCCCAACAACAACAACGUGAUGGCCGACAACACCAGCCGGAACGAGAACCAGGAGGCAUGUGACGUAGCUGGCCGUCUCAACAACAAACUGCAGAAUGGCAAAGCCCAAUCCACGUCUGGUGGAGAUGGGGAGGGAGAGGGGGACAACGCCCCAACGGACAACUGUGCACCUACCACAGAGGAGAAGGAGAGCUCCAACGAAUCCUCAUCGGUCAGUGCUGGAGCCUCCAACCUUAAAGAUGACGAGACGGUGCUGCCGAAAAAGAACUGCCACACCAGCCCAAGUCAGCCCCCCAGCCGUCACCGGGCCAAAACCGGCGGCUCCAAACUCACUUGCAUCAAGAUCGUGACCAAGUCGCCAAAGGGGGACUGCUAUGCUGCCUCCAGUACCACUGUGGAAAUUGUCCCCGGGGCAGAGAAGCAGAACCUGGUGGCCCGGAAGAUCGUCAAGAUGACUAAGCAGCCUCCCAAGAAGAAGAAGACAGCACCAUCGAGGGAGAAGAAGGUCACACGGACCAUCAUGGCCAUCCUGGUGGCCUUCGUGGUCACCUGGACACCCUACAACGUCAUGGUGCUCAUCAACACGUUCUGCUCCAGCUGCAUACCCAACACAGUAUGGACCAUCGGUUACUGGUUGUGCUACAUCAACAGCACCAUCAACCCCGCCUGCUAUGCUCUCUGCAACGUCACCUUCAAAAAGACCUUCAAACACCUCUUGCUCUGCCAGUACAAAAACAUUAGGUCGGCUAGAUGAAUAUAGACACAUAUGUGACAUUUUCUUUUCUAUUUUUAAUUUAUAUAACCUGUUGUAGCACUUUACAGACAUGCAAUCCUAACCAGGUGAGGAGUCAUGCAUUGCUGCUCUUCUACUACAGUGCACAGAAGAUCUGGGAAUGAUGUAGUAGGGUAAACAAGUCGUCUAGAAACUGGGUGGAAACUGGCCUUUGUGUAAACAAAAAAAAUGCACAAACAUUUAUAAAAUCUGAAAUACACUAUGAAAUAUGACAUAAUCCAACAUGAAGACUGACAAUACACACAGGCCCAGUGACACAGAUUGGAAGAGAGGCUAAAAAGUGAAGUCAGAAAGUGUAGGUUGUGCUCCUAGGAAUCUGAGAGGGAACUUCUGCACUGCAAAAUACAUACAUUCUAUGGGAAAAUAGGGCUGAUUGGAUAUACAAACCCUGUGUUUGUAAUUCAGCAUAAAACGAUACACCUGUACAUACAUGUACAUAUCUGUAAAUACACAAUGCGGGCGCACCUGGCUGUCUGUGCGUGCCUGUAAGCCUCUAUGUAUGCAUGGGUGAUUGAGGACUGUACCAAGCACCAGGGCAAGCGGGGAGACAGAGUGCAUUGAACACUUCCUGUGAUGUACCGCCGGGCCGCUUGACAGCGCAAUACAAAGGGGGGCCCACAGAGUAUUUAUGCUAAAGUGCCCCCAAACAAAAAACACCUCCAGGGAUGGCUCAGUCACAUCCGUCACGGGGACCACCAGUGACAGCGAGAUAACAACCCCCCCCCCCAAUUUCGCUUCCUCUUUCAGGAGAGGAGUUCCAUUCUCAGAUGUGCAAUCUGUGACAGGAAAUCACUCUCUCCGUGCCGAAACUCUCUCUAAAAAAGAACUUAAAGAUGCUAUCGAAAUCAUGCCACCGGGGUGGAUCUUUUGGUUAAUGCUAAGUACAAUCAAUGGUGUCGAGGUUAUAAAUGAUAUCAAAAAUAACAUCUGUGUCCUAAGCUAGAUAGGUACUAUGUACAAUAGACCCAAAUUAAUUCUGCUUAAAACUGGGUGUAUUGAUUGGUACCAAUUGAGCAUUCAUGGAUCGGGUCUGUACUGGGCUUUGAAAUUCCCUGCUAUAAGAAUCACAUCUUGAGUCACGCAGCCAGCUGCAGUACAGAAUGCAUCUGCGUGUUGAGAGGAAUGUUCUGGGAAUCCAUCUGCAGGUGUGCACAUUAGGCAUGUUUGUGGGGGGAGGGGUGACGGGAUGGGGUUCGAAAUAGGGGGGCAGUUGGGUUGCAAUUACAUAGGUAGAAGGAUGAAUGAUGUUGCAGUGCAGCUGGUCACACUUGCUGGAAGAUGUCGAGCUACUAUCAUAGGCAACUGCUUUGUGAAUCAAAAGUUCUAUGUGAAACUUUAUGGAGAUUUUGAAGAAUGACUGGCGUGAUCCUUUAUGACACAUUAUGGCAUUAUGGAUGCACAUGUGUUCUCAUCAUGUAUAUAACUAGUGCACAGUUUACCGUACGAUGCGUAAUACAAAGGCUCCAUGAGCUAUAAAGAUGUAACAGCGGCUAAUGGCCACUAAAGUUGAUAUAUAAGGACACCAGAUGCCAUGUUCUAUCACAUAAUGCUUCCAUUUGAGUCCUUUAUAAGCAAAUAAGUCAGCGGCGAUGAUUAUCAGUCUGUCAUUUUCUCCAGAAGUGCAUAAAGAAAACCUGUCUAAGUUAAAAUGGGUGGCAGACAGAGCAGGAUGAUGCGACAGGGAACAAAACGUCUUGGCCCCGAUAAUCUUUUCCUCCGCUGUUUGUCCAGAGAUGAUCCAGGUGCUGAAAGGCCUGGAACAAACUUUCAUCCUGAAACAAAAGACUCCAAGCACAGUUUUGAGGGGAAACCAUUUUAUCGCCUUUUUUUUUACUCGUGACUUGUGCUAACGUUCUAAAAUUCAAUACGUGCUUGCAAAAUAAAAACAAAUCACUAACACUUUAAACUGAUCUUCAUAAAGCGAGAAUGUAUUCAGCUACAAAGUGUCAUUAACUUAAUUAGAAAACAUGUUCAUGCACUCGUGGGCGUGCUGGUGGGAGGAGCUAAGCAGCCUAAUGUUAAUUCAUCCUGAGAGUUUAAAUACUGGGAACCAGCCAAUGCAGACAGAUCGAUAUCUUGGGUUGGCGGUCUAGGGCAGGUAGCCACGGGGAAAUGCCGCUCCAUGCGUAGCGCGACUUCUUAGCUUCGAGGGGCAUUUAUCCAAGUAUGUGUCGAAGCCAUUUGUCACCGUGAUAAGUGGACCUGUCUCCCGGCAUCAUUUGUCAGACGUCUCAGAAGUUGGCAGCGGCUUCAGAGCUUUCACACAUUUUUGAUUAAUCUCUGACUAAACCAUCGCAGAAGAGCCACCAGGGGAAUAUAAUUGCAUUCCAACAUGACUGGAGAGCUGCGUUGUCCUGGUGUCGAUAGCUCGGUGCCGGGUGACAAGUGACAGCUCUUUUGGGAAGGAAAAGAGCACAGGCAGCCCCAGCGAGGAGCAGAGACUCACAUGACCCAUGACUGACCACCGCUGGCACACGCGCAGACGGUUGGGGGCCGCGUGCUCUCAACAGGAAGAUGCAAUCCUAGGUCAGUGGUGUCUAAGACCUACCAGACCUCAUUCAGCUCAACCCACAUACUCACAGUACACUUCAGAGGGUCUCGUGGCCGUGAAUUAGGUUUCUUGUGUAUUUGUGGGCCAAAUGUGGGCUCCUUGUGGCCUCGCGAUCUAUUGCAGUUCUGAGGGAAGCUAUUGUAUGGCUGCAAUGCCCCGCCCACCCACCUCUCCCCACUCCCACUUAACAAGUUUCUCAAGAACCUGAAGAUUGUUGAAGGCUUCCCCCCCAGCAGAUCUCAUGGGCGCAUUGGUGAUUAGCUUGGCAAGUGUGAACACCAGCUUAAUGAAAGUGUGAUGAAAGACGAGCCGCGCCGGGAUCACCUUCAGUGGGGGCGGAUCGCAGUGUUUGUGGAGUGGCUCAUGUGGAGCGGAGCCAAAGGCCACGCGGAGUCCACUUUUGCGUGGUUCUGAUAAGCCGGCCUUUGUAGUUACGUAACGAAAGGGAGCCGUUUCAUCUUUCGGAGACACAGCGGGUCUGCUUUCCCUUCAAGGCUGCUCUUGUUUUGGAACGUAGGAAUGGUAGGUGCUCUGCAUGUUUCAGAGAGCUUGUCUGAGGAUUCUGGAUCCUUCUCUACGCAAAUAUCCUUUGGGAAGGACAUUCAUUAUGACUUAUUAACAUAGGGACACAUUAGGGUGACCACUUAAUCCACGUCAGGAGGGACACUUGAGUUUUGACGGGGUUUGUGAACUACCAUUUCAACUAAAAGGACCUGGAUGUCACUUAAGCACCGAGUUCUUGCUGUGUGCUGAUUGGUCAGUCUCCUGUAAUCAUGCAUGUGUCGCUAACGUUAAUGUGAAACAGCUGGAUGAGUCUUUCAGUCAAGGAAACAAACCAGUCAAAGCACAAGAAGAAUUGAACUAAUUAGCCAAACAUAGGAGCCUUUCAGUGUUAAAGUAGCUUGUAAAACCUGAUGUAGCUCAUAGUGUCCCUCCCGACAUGGAUGAAGUGGUCACCCCAGCACACAUCUAUGUACCGUAAGUCUCAAAACUCUAGGCAUAAAUAAUCAGUCUACUCUUUUUCCAUUCAUCAAAUCAAAAUCGCUGUCCUGCAUCCACCUUUCAACCAUGUCAUUCAAUUGAGUGCAAAUUUAUCAAACAAAGAGCACCAAGGGCUAAAAACAUCUUUUUUUUUUAGUAACAAAACCAUCCAUGGAGGGAGGCUAAGGUUAUCUAAUUCACAAACAUGUGGAGCAGUUCCCUGGGAGGUCUUAGAAGUGCAUUUUGGCCAUCCAGGUGGCUUUAUAUGCCUAUGGCAGCAGAUCCUAUCUUUGCAAGGCUAGGAGCAUCUGCUGAUCACUGUCAAGUCAGCUACCCCGAGAAGGUGACAUUAGGCAGUAAUGUAACUGCAAAGAUCAAAACCGCUUCAGUGAGGAGAAACCAGAUUCAGCAUCAAACAUUAAAUCAUGAGUGAAUUAUACCAAUGACAUCAAUUAACAGGAACAAGCCAUUGGUUUUAAUAUGAUCAAUAAGCAGGUGUUUUUAAUCUUCAAAUAACCAACCAGCUGUCCAGGAUCAGGCCAGGUGAUCAAUGCUUUUCAGAAAACUGAGAAUUAAACCUCUGUUGGUUCUAUAACUGAGUAAUGAUUAUUUUAAAGGAAUAUUCUCAGAACCAAAAUGAAAAGCUAUUUUAAUUUAACUGAAAUCAUUCCAUCAAAGGAACUGUAACACUUUGUCUGUGCUCCAGUCUAACAUAGUUUAUAAUUACAGUGUUCUCCUUUAGUUUAUCCAAACCUUCUGACAUUUUCUCCCAAGUGAAAGCAGUUAGCCAGUCUCUGCAUUGCAUGAAAUAAGUGCCUUCGUUUUUUUCUUUCCCAGUUGUUUUCCAGCCAUCUGAAAAUAGAACAUGCACACAUGUAAUAUUGAUGAUAUUUAUUUUUCACUUUGAAUUUCUACGUUGUACAUUUUUUCCAUCAGUAGACUGUUGCAAAUUAUAUGUGUUAUGGGGUUUUGUGAAUCGAUUACCAUCUAUCAUCAUAAUCAUGAUGUUUUAGGGGUUCACAAGCAAUGGUUCACAAUUGAUAAUCUGUUGCGAUGAAGCUAAUAGAAGCACAUUAGACCAGCACUGAAAAACUCCCGACUGCUAAACUACCCAUGACCGCUCAUGCCCUCUAUCUGCCAUUUAGACCAUGAGAAUUAUGUGCUCCCUACUCAGACAAAAGAAGCACGUUGAUUAAUGCAAUACUGGAGUGCUAUUUUUCAACAGAAGGCUGUGAUUGUUCAUGUCAUUAUACGUGUGUUACUGACACAUUUCUGACAGACUCACGUGGUUGCAGUCACAUAAUGCCCUGAUCAAUGUCUUUUCAAAAUCCCCAUGAUGAGUCAUCCCUGGGAGACAUCAGUAACCCCUUUUGCCAGCCACACUGCAAGCUUUGGUGCGACCGUGUGUGUGAGUGUGUGACAGUGAUGCUCCUGCAUGCAUGUAUAUUUAUGUGUGAGAAUGAAAAAACAAGCAGGGAGAUUAAAGAGAGAGAGAGAGAUGAGAAGAGUUUAGGAUGAAUAGAGGGUGUUUAGUAUGUGGAGGAUUUGAAUGUGAAUUAAUCAGAUAUUAAAAAAAAAAAAAAAAAAUUACUGAAACUAAGGAAGAUGAUGAGAGAAAGAUCUACCAUGUGUCCUGUCCGGGGUCUCUAAGCAAUGGGACACAUAUCCGUCUCCCCCCAUUGCAGAUGACGGCUUGCGGUCCACAGGCACACAGAACUAUAAUCAGGUUGCCAAAGACACAAGCUAUUGUCUGAAAGUCAUCAGUCAGUUGUAUUCCAAGCAUUCGUCUCCUCCUGAACUUAAACAGCGACACAAAGACUGAGCAGUGAGGACAGACUUCUCCCUUUUGUAUCAAAUUUUAUGGAUAUACAUAUUAUGUCGCACAAAGAAAAGAAAUGUGUAUAGUGUACGAGUUUAUUUUAAAAUCACAGCAUGUAAUAUACAGUAUUGUGUGUGACAAACUGAAAUGUUUUAUGGGGUUGGAGGGGAUUGAGAUCUCGGGCUGAGGAGGGUAGGGGUCGCUUCGUUUGAGGCCAGAGAAGAAGAAUCAAACUGAAAAGACACAAUGGCUCCGGAAAGAGAUUGACUGCCCUGUACGGAUGCGCUGUCAUGCCCAGUGACAGGAGCGUUGCCAAAGGUGGGCCAACUUGUCACUUCCACAGAGUCGACAUGACAGGGUCUGAGGACAAAUGACUGGACGGGCGAUGCUCAACGAGCCCCGAGGCCGUUUUGUUUGCGGUCACGUUUAUAUUUAAUGAUCUAAUUUUCGUCGAGAAUAUGAUAGAAUUUCUGUCACUGGGAAGAAAGCAUUUGCUCACUUCCAUUGUAUUUAAGGAGAAGCUCAACUGUGCAGUAAAAUUAGUGACAAAAAACUGUAAAACAGGGUAACGUUUGUGGUGGUAAAUUCAUCAGCGUACGCCCGGACUACUGGGACAAAGUUUGAGAAACACUCUCCUAAAACAAACUGUGACGUCCAGCGUGAGACAUUCAGCAUUUACUACGGAUCAAGUGCCCUUAGAGGACAAGACAAGUACUUUGAACACAGCCAAAACAUUUACACGGACCAUAAAUUUGAGUGGGCAACGUCUGUGGACGGAGCGCAUGAAUUACGGUCUCCUCCGUUCUCCUCUUCCGGAUGUUCCCGAAGCCAGGAAACAGGUUGUAAAAAAGAUGUGUGGCGUUUUACUUCCCCUUCCAGUCAAAAAUGUUCAAUAAGUUCAUCAUGAGCUGCCUAAGGGCUGUAGAUGACAUCAUGCUCUCUUUCAUCUACAACUUGUGGCUCCCCAUGCUGUGUAAAACUGUCAGUAGCACAUAUUUGCAUUGUAAAUAGAGUAUAUAUGAAUUGUAAUGCCUAAAAAGUACAGCUGACGUGUAUAUACAUGUGUUUCCUACUUAUUUUGAAGCCCUUUUCCCAGUACCUAACCCCUCUCACCCUCAGCUAUGUCCUCCCAAUAUUCAGUACUCGUUACGAUGCUUUCCCGAGCUUUUGUUCAUUGGCUGUUCCUCCCAGACAGUGGCCGCCACAUCGAGCAGCCUGUAAUAUAUAUAUCACACUCAAUAGAUAUAUUGUACCAUGUUCUUUGGAAAACAAUUUCAGCCCGAUGAAAAUUAAAUGCAGAGUAUUUGUGGGUGUUUUUUUCUGUCAGUGCACGCCCAUCCGCGAGUCGAAAUGCCCGGCUCUGUCGACAAAUCAUAAAUGCUCAAUAAAGUAAACGUGAAUGGUCACUCA